GGCGCGGCCCCGGAUGGAGCAGAGGGGGGAGGCGGCUCCAGCUGCCUCUCCAGCUCCAGCGCCCGCCGCCGCCGCCAUUUAGCCAUCCCGCCGCGGCAGCCAGCGCCGGGACAGGGUGCGCGGGAGGGGUCUGCUCGCCGCGGCCGCCGCCAUCAUCAUCGCCAUGAGCCGCCUGUCGCAGCUGCUGCUGCUCGCUCUGCUCGUCUUCCCCGCCGCGCUGCUGCUCGGGGGCGCCCGCGGCGGCCCAGGCUCAGGUUUAUUAGUUGCAGCUCAGGAUGCUACAGAAGAUGAGGAAGCUGUGGAAGAUACUGUAGUUGAAGAUGAAGAUGAUGAAGCUGAAGUUGAAGAAGAUGAACCAACAGACUUGACAGAAGAAAAGGAGGAAGAAGACUUGUCAGGAGAACCUAAAGCCUCACCUAGUGCUGAUACAACCAUCUUAUUUGUGAAAGGUGAAGACUUUCCAGCGAACAACAUUGUAAAAUUUUUGGUGGGCUUCACCAAUAAGGGUACAGAGGAUUUCAUUGUCGAGUCUCUGGACGCUUCUUUCCGGUACCCUCAAGACUACCAGUUUUACAUCCAGAACUUCACGGCUCUCUCUCUGAACACAGUAGUUCCACCACAGAGACAAGCCACGUUUGAGUACUCCUUCAUCCCUGCUGAGCCUAUGGGUGGUCGUCCUUUCGGUCUGGUUAUCAAUCUCAACUACAGAGAUGUAAAUGGCAAUGUGUUUCAAGAUGCUGUCUUCAAUCAAACUGUUACAAUUAUUGAGAAAGAAGAUGGGCUGGAUGGAGAAACGAUCUUCAUGUACAUGUUCCUCGCUGGACUCGGUCUGCUGGUCAUUGUUGGCCUACAUCAGUUACUAGAGUCGAGGAAGAGGAAAAGACCAGUACAGAAAGUAGAGAUGGGAACAUCAAACCAGAACGAUGUUGAUAUGAGCUGGAUUCCCCAAGAAACUUUAAAUCAAAUAAUGCAGAGUAGAAGAGAUAAAGCUUCACCGAGGAGGUUGCCCUACAAGAGGGCACAGAAGAGACCAGUGGGCUCUGAUGAGUAAUGUUAACUAGUGCAACAGUUGAACCUUUACUAAUUCUGCCUGUUUGGUGUUUUUGGAUUGGAGUAGUGCAGAGAACCCAUAUCACCAUAAGGAAAAUACUGCUAAACAUUUGGACUGAACAGAUUAACUGAAUGGUGUUAAUAUUACUGAAAAUGCACUUCUCUUUAAAUUUUUUUUUUAAUUGUUGGGGGGAGGUAGCCAUUAAGAUUUGUGCCUGCGUGUGUAAGCGGUUGGUCUUCACAGAAACAUGUUACCUGAAAUGUGCCUUUAGAGUUCUUUGUAAUGCUGGCUUGUCAUUUGUACAUGUCAUUGAAGGAUUUUUCUUCUCUCCCUAAUCUGAAUGUCUGGUGACUUCAAUCUGUCUUGAUUGUAUCAUAUCUGUGUCAGAACCUGAAUGCAUUCUUCUUAUUCAGUAAGUGACGUUACUCUUUACAAGGUGCACACACUGAAGUUUGUGUGUGUGGUCCUGUCUCAGUGGCCAGGCACUGAUCAUCUCAACUUCUGCAUAGUUUUCAUUCUAAAGGCACAAUUGGGUAUAGCUGCUUGUAGUGGUAGAUAUUUUGCUGCUGUUUUGAUCUGGGCAUGCAGUGACCUAAAAAUCUGAACUUAGCUGCAUAGAUGUUAGGAGGGCUCUUGCACAGCAGCAGAACUUGUGAAGCAUGGAAUUUGUGUGCUGAAUUGGUAUUACUACAUAAAUUUCUUUUUUAUACCCAAUUUGUUAAAUGGUUAGUUAUUGAGUCGUGCCAGCAGCUUAGGUACUCAGAUUAUAGUGGUAGUUCUGCAAUGUUUACUCAAGAAACUGUUGAACAAGCCAGAGCAACUUUUCAGUGAGUUCUUGGUUCACUCUUCUAAGAACUGGAAUGUCAUAUGUAUCGAAACGUCAAUUUAUUUUUUUUAAAGCUUUACAAGGAUUUGCUGUACACACUUGAAGCCAACUGUUUUUCAAAUUCAGUUUCAAGUAAUUCUUUUUAUUGGCAGACUAUUUAAUUCACCCUUUACAGUUUUUAAAUCUGUGGCAUCUUUACACUGGUCAGUAAAUUGGUCUGAGGCUUUUU